AUGGUCCUCAGGCUACUCCUGGCGCUCAACUUCUUCCCCUCCGUUCAAGUAACAGCAAACCAAAUUUUGGUGAAGCAGUUACCUUUGCUGGUGGUGAAUGACAAUGAGGUCAACCUUACCUGCAAAUACACCCACAAUAUAUUCUCCAAGGAGUUCCGAGCGUCCCUAUAUAAGGGAGUGGAUAGCUCCGUGGAAGUCUGUGUAGUGAAUGGAAAUAAUUCCCAUCAGCUUCAGUUUCACUCAAAUACUGGAUUCAACUGUGGUGGGAAACUGGACAAUGAAACAGUGACAUUCUACCUCUGGGAUUUGUAUGUUAACCAAACAGAUAUUUACUUCUGCAAAAUUGAAGUCAUGUACCCUCCUCCUUACAUAGGCAACCAGAAGAGCAAUGGAACCAUCAUCCAUGUGAAAGAAAAACAUUUUUGUCCAGAAUCCCCACCUUCUGAGUUUUCUAAGCCAUUCUGGAUCCUGGUGGUGCUUGGAACAGUCCUGGCUUUCUAUAGCUUGCUAAUAACAGUGGCUUUUUGUAUUUGCUGGAAUGACAGUAAGAGGACCAGGAUGCUUCAGAGUGACUAUAUGAACAUGACUCCUCGGAGACCGGGGCCCACCCGCAAACACUACCAGCCUUAUGCCCCAACGCGUGAUUUUGCAGCUUACCGCUCCUGA